AUGGCCACUGCCAACGAUUCCUUUGCCAGCCAAUCGUCCUGGGGACCCCUCGAGACACUCCAGGCCUUUCCCAGCCCAUUGGAAAAGCCAGUGCCUUACUUCAUCACAGCUUUUCUGCUCUUUGUGUUUUACUUCUCCAUCCAGCAGGCAGAGCAAACGCCUCACACAGAUCUGCCAAUCCUCAACCCCCGGCACAAGUGGGAUUUCACCGGACUCAAAGUCAAGUAUGACUUCAUCACAAAGGUCCGGAAUAUUGUAUUAGAGAGGACGAAGACGAAUCCCGAUGAGCCCUACCAGGUUCUCACGGAUGUGGGAGAUAUGACGAUCCUUCCCGCGGUACCUUUCGCCAACGAGAUCCGCAACCACGAAGACCUCAGCUUCGACCGCGUUCUCGACAAGGCAAGCAUUCGCAUUCAAAAAGCCUUGAACUUCCAUGCCCAGAUGCCCGGUUUCGAACCUUUGAAGGAAAAUAAUGCGCAAAAAGCCGUCCUCAAAUAUGUUAUUAGAACGAGAUUGACCCAGUUCCUUUCGAAGUUGACAUCCCCCGUUUCCGACGAGGCCACGCUGUCACUGACUGAUGUCCUGGGAGAGGAGAAGGGCAAGUUCGAAUGGCAGACUGUCGUCAUCAAGGAGAACAUGCUCAAGGUCGUAGCCCGAGUUUCCACCCGUGUCUUUGGCGGCGAGCAACUUUGCCGCAACCAGGACUGGAUCAAGAUCACUUCGGAAUACGCCCGAACAAGCUUCCUCGCGUCAGAAUUCCUCCGAAUGUUCCCGAAAUCUCUGCGUAACAUCGCCCAUAGAGUACUUCCCAUCAGCCUUAAGCUCCAAGCGCAGGUGAAGGAGGCCAGAGAGAUCAUUAAUCCCAUCAUGGAGGAGCGCCGUAAGGAGAAGAAGGCGGCCUUGGAUCGCGGCGAAGAGGAACCCGAGUGGAACGAUUGUCUCGACUGGUGCGAAGAAGCAUCCGACGACGCCAAGUCGGAUCCCGCGAUGAUGCAGCUUGGACUUUCUUUCGCCGCUCUCCACACCACGUCCGACUUGAUCACGCAGGUGAUGCUCGACCUCGCCAAGUACCCCGACUACUUUGAGCCCCUCCGCAAGGAAAUCACUGACGUGAUCCGUACCGAUGGAUGGGCUCGCAUGGGUCUCUACAAGAUGCGCCUCCUCGACUCCUUCUGCAAAGAGACUCAGCGCCUCCACCCUAUUGGCAUUGUCGCCAUGCACCGCGAAGCCACCAAGCCCGUGACCCUCUCCAACGGACUGGAACUCCCCGAGGGCAGCCGUAUCGCUGUCAGCUGUCAAAGAAUGGGAGACUCCUCUAUCUACUUGGACCCCAGCCGAUUUGAUGGAUACCGUUACCUGCGCAUGCGCGAGUCCCUUGGCGCCGGAAAUGACGGAGCCGCGCAUUUUGUCAGCACCUCGCCCGAGCACCUUGGCUUCGGUCACGGUCAGCACGCCUGCCCCGGACGUUUCUUCGCUGCCAACGAGGUCAAGAUCAUUCUCUGCCACCUCCUUCUCAAGUAUGACUGGAGACUGGCAGCGGAGCAGCAGCCCACUUCGAUCAAUUUUGGAUUCACCAUGGAAGUUGACCCCAAGGCCAAGCUUGAGAUCAGGCGGAGGACCGGUGACUUGGGCCUCAAGGCAUGA